CAAAAGAAAAAGGGAAACUUGUGUAGUACAAGUGACCGAAUUUUGAAUUUUUGAGGUUAUUAAGUUACUAAACUAAACUAAAGAGCCUAAGACAGAGAGAGAACUAGAGAAGAAUUGAGUGAAUGAAUAUUGAGGCAAACCCCCCAAACUAAAAUCUCCAAUUACAUCACAUUCCCACAAAUCUACGGCAGACCCCUCUCUCUCCGACUCUCACUCACACCUAUGGUUAUCUCCAACUCCCGGAAUUCUCUCAUUGCUGCUACUCUUCUUUAUUCGCUCCCACUCUAGGGUUUUUGUUCUCUGUAUCUGACCAUUGCGGACUCUCUUUGAUUAUAUAAUCUCUUGUAUUUGCUUUCAUGGUUCACUGUGUGGAAGGACUACAAAGUUCGUCCAAAAGUAACUGUUUGCAAUGGCAUUGUCCUUUCCCAAAGAGCAACAUUGGAUAUUAGCACAUGUUUAUAAAUGUGAAUUUUUAAUUGGAGGUUGUAAAUUACGAGAUUGGAGAUGGGAACAUUAAAAUGCCUUCAUAUUUGAAGAUUGGGGAAGAAAAUGCAUCAAGCUUGGGGUUGAAUAAUUCAUUCCUGUCAUGCUGAAUGUUGCAUCAAUAUUUUCAUAGUUGGGGGAUAAUUCUCAAAGUAUCACAUAUAAAGUAUGGAAGUCAUACUUGUGAGGGUAGGCUGAGUAGGCAAGCCCCUGGUUUGGUCAAUGGGGCUUACUUGAGGAAGACAGAAAUUAAAGAACCAAGGAGUCUGGAAGUUAACUGACAUUCGUAUUUAUUGUCUUUUGUCAUUUCCGUAUUGUAUUGUGUAUGAUCAACGGGAGACAUUGCUGCUUUGGGCUUGGGAGAAAUGAGUGGAAGUGGAAGAAAACGCUCUUCAAAAUGGGAUUUACGGGAUCAGCCUAAAUUUGAAGAUAUAAAUGCACAAGACGAUAAUUGGCCUGGAAAAACUGGUAGAUCAAUUUAUCAAAGAGAAUCAGGACAUGGGUGGCAGUCUCCAGAGCUUGCUGGGAGUAAUGGUUCAAAAUGGUCAGCAUUAGAUUCAAAUGAUAUAAGAUCCAAGCAUGAUUCAAUAUUUCCAACUAGGGAUACUUUUUCUGGAAGCCGAGGCUCACAUAAGAAUGAGAACAUUGAUAAGGACUGUAAUAGAUAUGUGUCAGACUCUAUGGCAUGGGAUGCAGAUGAGGAUUAUGGUACAAGAAUGUCUCCUGGUCUUGAUGAAUGGAGACAGCAACAUCAUAGUCAAUCUCCUAAAAGUGGUUGGAGCAGGUCAAUGAGGGAUAGGAGUAGGAGUAGAAGCAGGAGCAGAAGCAGGAGUAGGGGUAGGAGCAGGAGCCCUGUUCGCAGCCUCAGACGGGAAUCUGGGUUUCUUGACAGAAGUAGAAGCAGGUCUGGUGUAUCCAAUCAAUUGUGUAAAGAUUUUACUGCUGGGAGAUGCAGGAGAGGUAAUAAUUGUCCAUUUCUUCACGAGGAUAGUGAAGCUUAUGAGGAUUACUGGGACGGCAGGCACAGGAAAGGUGGAGGCUCAAAAUAUGCCACUGGUGAUACCAGAGACUAUCCCUUGAGAAGUGGAAGAUCUUUCGGACUUUGUAAUGAGUUUGUAAAAGGAAGGUGCCGGAGAGGUGCAUCUUGCAAGUUUGAGCACGGUGCUUCUGAUGGAUUCAGCAAAGGGCCUACGAAUGAAUUUACUAGAGAAAAGGAAAGUGACAGAAGAAGAAGAGAUACUUCUGAUGAGCGAGGUGUUGAACAUGAGGCCCGCAGGAAUAGUGAUAUUCCAUGCAGGUUCUUUGCUGCUGGAAAUUGUCGUAAUGGGAAGCACUGUCGGUUCUCUCAUCAUAAUCAGGCUUAUGCAAGUCCUGACAGGAAAUCACAAGAUAAGUGGGCCUUGGGUCGCAAAUCAGAUGAUGUCAACCGGGUUUGGGAUGGUCCAAAAUGGAGUGAUACAGGUAUUGCAUUAGAUGCUGCUAAGUUUAAGGAGAACAUAAGUGGAAAUAUUGGUGCUCUCAAUGCAAGCUCUACUGCUUGGCCAAUGAGUGAGAGAUUGGGAAACCGUGUGAACAAUGAGAAUAUUACUAGUGGUGCUGACUUAAAUGUUAGUUGUGAAGCUGCUAAAAAUGAUAAAGAACCCAUUCCGUGGAAGACAAAUAAUGUGGCACCUGCCAUGGGUCUCUCUGAAGUAAGAUGUACUGAUAAAUGGCUUGUUAAUAUGGACAUGUCUCCAGAUUGGAACUAUUCAGUCCCCUCAGCUAAUCAUGUUGUGAAAGAAGAAAAUAGUCGUGUUACUCAACAUUCAGAGUCCUUGAAUGAUAUGCAUGUAAUGUCUGGCAAGCAGAGUAUUAUUCCAGAGGCUUCAGGUCGAAUUAAUAGUGCUUCUGGUGCUGUACAACCAAUUAUAAUGGAAAAGUCUGUUUUUCAACCAAAUCAUGAAUUGAAAGAUGACAGUGCUAUCGCAUUGCCAUAUGAUAAUAAUGAUGUAGUUAGAAAAACAAUGAAUUCUCGUUCUGACCUAAAUAUGUUUGAUCAGAACUGCCAGCCUUCAAGUGUUUAUCCUUUUUCAAGCUUGAACACAAUUGGGGAAAGUCAAGCAGUUAUCCCAACUGAACCUCAAGGAGGAAUUCUGAAAAAUCUGCAAACUAACACAACACAUACAGAGGGAACCCUUGUUGCGAAGCCAGAUUUCCGGGAAGCAAAAACAUCACUAAUGAAUUCUGGAAUUGAUCCAUUGCAGAGGAUUGUAAAUGUUACUGAUCUUUCAGCUUCUUUGGUGCAGUUAUUUGGAAAUGGGCAGCAACUUCCACAACUUUAUGCAGCUCUUAAUUCCAAUAAUUCAACUGGCACCCCUUCCUUUACCAGUGGUUCGGUUACUCCUACUAUUUUGCCAGAUGCUGUUAGUGGGCCACAUAAGCAUUAUGAUCCUAUACAUGAUAGUACAGAAUCUAGAAGGCCUGAAGUCAGCAACAAUACCUCGGCAGUUUUAACAAAUAACACCGUUAAGGCAAGUGAUUCAGAUGGUAAACCUGAAAUUCAAUUGAAAAAUGUAACCUCAUCCUCUUUGCCUGUUGUAUCGGAUGCCACCGAUUGUAAACAGGCUGGUGGUUCGAUAGGAGAAACUAACCUUACAAGAAAAUUGUUGACUCCACUAGAGCCGAAUGCAAGUUCCAAGGCUACCAAGGGAAAGAUUGAACAAAUAUCUGGGGAAAACAAGAAAACAGAAGAAGAAAGUAUAAAAGUGGAAGAAACUGAUCCCUUGGAUGGUGAAGAUAAAGAGGGGGCUAAUGAUGGAAAGAAAAACAAGGAUGCAAAGGGAGUUCGUGCAUUUAAAUUUGCACUUGUCGAGUUUAUUAAAGAGCUUCUAAAACCAACAUGGAAGGAUGGUCAAAUUGGUAAAGAUGCUUACAAAACUAUUGUAAAGAAGGUGGUUGACAAAGUAACGGGUACAAUGCAGGGAGCUAAUGUUCCUCAAACACAAGAGAAGAUUGAUCACUAUCUGUCUUUUUCAAAAGCAAAGCUUACAAAACUUGUACAGGCGUAUGUGGAAAAAUCUCAGAAGGGAUGAGCUAUUUAUAGACAUAAAACUUGCGUUUAUCUAUUUACAUCUUUGACGUUCCAUAUGUUACAACUUUCCUUGUGUAACACACUCAUCAGCCGAUGCAAAAUGCAGAAGAAGCUUCAUUUCCACCUAGAAAUUUGAAUGUGUUGUCAAUGAUGAAGUUCUUGUUGGUAACAGCGAGCACUAAAAUUUUCUUAGUUUCAAUGUAUUUUAGUUGUAACUGGCUUAGCUAACCUCACAACUACUUUUGGUAGAUAUUAGAGCUUUUCAUAUGGAUGGACUUGGAUAGUAUUUGGAUUUACUUGUGGGUAAUUUAUAAUUGCUUAUCAGUUUGCGGGGUUGUAUGUUUAUAUCAUUUUGGUACCAUAUUGCUGCCUCUAUCUUCGUCCCUAUUUGUUUCAUUAUAUGUUAUUUGUAUGGGAUAAUUCCUUCAUUUUCUUAUAGCAAACUUUGGAGGUAAAGUACUUUAAAUUAGUUA